CAAUGGGAUGAGGGAGGAGGUGGAAAGGGGCGUGUCCGAGCAGCCAUGGACGGGGACGGCGCGUACGAGCCGGGCUUCGUGGGGAUCCGGUUCUGUCAGGAAUGUAACAACAUGCUGUACCCCAAGGAGGACAAGGAGAACCGGAUCCUGCUCUACGCUUGCAGGAACUGCGAUUACCAGCAGGAGGCCGACAACAGCUGCAUCUACGUCAACAAGAUCACGCACGAAGUGGACGAGCUGACCCAGAUCAUCGCGGACGUGUCGCAGGACCCGACCCUGCCCCGCACCGAGGAUCACCCGUGCCAGAAGUGUGGCCACAAGGAGGCCGUGUUCUUCCAGUCCCACAGCGCCCGCGCCGAGGACGCCAUGAGGCUUUACUACGUGUGCACGGCCCCGCACUGCGGCCACCGUUGGACUGAGUGACCCCAAAAGUGACCCCAGGAAGACCCCAAAAGUGACCCAGGAGCAAUCCCAAAAGUGACCCCCGGAGGGACCCCAAAAAUGACCUCCGGAGGGACCCCAAAAGUGACCCUGGACCCCAAAAAUGACCUCAGGAGUGACCCCAAAAGUGACCCUGGACCCCAAAAAUAACCCAGGAGGGACCCCAGGAGUGACCCAGGACCCCAAAAGUGACCCCAAAAAUGACCCAGGAGUGAUCCCAAAAGUGACUCUGGAUGGAUCCCUGAGACCCCAAAAGUGACCCCAGACCCCAAAAGCGAUCCCCGGAGGAACCCCAAAAGUGACCCUGGACCCCAAAAGUGACCCUGGAACCCAAAAGUGACCCCAAAAGUGACCCUGGACCCCAAAAGUGACCCUGGACCCCAAAAGUGACCCCUGGAGGGACCCCAAAAGUGACCCUGGACCCAAAAGUGACCCCAGGAGGGACCCCAAAAAUAACCCAGGAGUGACCCCAAAAGUGACCCCAGGAAGACCCCAAAAGUGACCCAGGAGGGACCCCAAAAGUGACCCUUGACCCCAAAAGUGACCCUGGAGUGAUGCCAAAAGUGACCCAAAAUGACUCUGGAUGGAUCCCUGAGACCCCAAAAGUGACCUUGGACCCCAGGAGUGACCCCAAAAAUGAUCCAGGAGCAAUCCCAAAAGUGACCCCUGGACCCCAGAAGUGACCCCUAAAAUGACCCUGGACCCCAAAAGUGACCCCAGGAGUGACCCCAAAAAUGACCUUGGAGUGACCCAAAAAGUGACCCCAAAAAUAACCCCAAAAAUGACCCUAAAAGUGACCCCAAAAAUGACCCAGGAGUGAUCCCAAAAGUGACUCUGGAUGGAUCCCUGAGACCCCAAAAGUGACCCCAGACCCUAAAAGUGACCCCAGGAGGGACCCCAAAAGUGAACCUG